GGGGAAGGAACUUCAAGGAUGGAGAUCACAGAAGAGGAAAAGAUAUCACCAUCGAAGGGCCGCUCCACGCAAGCAUCAGAAAUCUCCGGAGAAAAAAGUUCUACUUCUGACUCAUCAUCAACAGAUUCGGAAACAGCUUCGGAGCAGGAGUUCAUAAUUAAUGUUGGAGAAGCUCUUCAACCGAACAAUACCAAGGGAUUCUUCAAAUCCCUCUUUGGCUUCCUCGGUCAAUUUGGUGGAGGUUCUCCUUCCUUUGAUCCCUUUCUUUCUGUGCUUUACUUUGUGAGAAUGUUGCUUCCAGAGUAUUGCAGUACAUGCACCAUCCCUGUUGUUGUGAGCAAUAUUCCUGUAGGGUUUCCUCUGUCAGUCUCAAAUCUUCCUGGAAACUCAUGUCAUAAAAAUGUAAAACUGUCAAUCUUCCUGUAG